AUGAUCUUACACAUCCUACUUGUGAUAAGCUGGCUCAUAGAGAUCAGUGAUGCCGGACAAAUGGUUAUUCCACCCAUCUAUAGUCCAUGCGAUUUUCCAUCUCCGGUAUAUACACCUGCUCCCAUAUUUAAGCAAGAAUGCCUGGCUCUUCCACACAUCCCGUUCCUGUGCGAUUUACACCAUCAACUUGUACACUCAAGUACUGUUGGAAUAGAGAAUACUUAUGAGAAAUAUCGUCCUUUCCUCACACAUCAUGGAAAUUCUACGUUGGCCAUAAUAUUAGUUAAACAAUUGGAAGCUCCAACUUCGACUGAUAACGUUUACAACGACUUAAAAUACAAAUGUUUAUUUGAGAAUGAAUGUAAUCUCAUAGAUAAUGAAAUUGUUCGAGGAUUCGUCACUAGCGUCAAAGUAUUUAUGAAGGUAUAUGCUUGGAAAUUAUAUGAACGAUGGUUCGGGUUGGAUGAGAAGUGCACCCAGCCAAAUGUCUUAGUGUUGAUAGUCAUGGAUGGUCUGGUCAACGAUGCUCGCAAAAUUCCAUACGUACGAAUUCACUCAGGUGAAAAUCGUAUGAAGUUUGUACUAAGCAAUAUCCAAAGUGAAGCAACGAAUGCUCUCGUACAAGGUUGGCCAUUGCAAACUAUGAUCGAGAACCUUGUGGACGAUGUCGGCUAUGCAGUCAAAGAAAUACAUGAGCUCAAUGGAGAAAUAAGAGAUCACUCCGUACCCAGAUGGGCCAGACAUGUCUUUCUGCUGUGUUUCAUUCUGGUUGUCCUAGCUUUAGUCAUUGAAUGGUAUAUAGUACGUCGAAAGCUUGGAGUGCAGAAGAGUGGAUCAGGCAUCAAAAUCACUUCCGUCAAAAGUAAAACACAUCUCAUGUUCUAA